UGAUAUACUGAUACGGAUUUCGUAGCUUGAGACACCAUCAGUAAAAAAGGAGGUGGCUUUGGCCGCUGGUUUUGACGUUUUGGGGUGGGAUUUUUGUCGACUGUUUUGGAUUUUUUGUGGAAAUAUUCAAUUUUGAAAAUGUCAAAGCAAAAUAAAGAGAAUCGUUGGUCCAACUAUGCCAUCAGAAUCAUUGUUAACACCGUCUCACAUCCACUUGAGUAUGCCAAAGUUCUCAUUCAGAUUGGUUAUGAACCAAUACCUCCCAGACCAGCGAAAACUCUUUUCGGAAAACCAGCCCUCAAACUACCUAACAUUUUUGAAUAUGUCAAACACAUAAAAUCGGUUGAUGGUCUGUCAGGUUGUUAUGUGGGAUUGACCCCUAAAAUUUGUGGAAAUCUUUUGAGUGCAGUCACAACUCAGAGGCUCUUGGAUUAUUUAGAACCUCCCAAUGAUGAUGAUGAUGAAGAUAGUGAAGAAGAGCCUACUGAAGAACAAAAGAGAGCAAAGUUUAUAAGAGGAGUUAAAUGUGAUGUUAUAACACACACAGCUGCUAUUAUUGUCAGUCAACCUUUCCAUGUGAUUACCAUUCGCAUGAUGGCUCAAUUUGUUGGAAGAGAAACCAAAUAUAGUGGAUUAUUUGGUUCUGUACGAGAAAUAUAUCAACAGAAUGGAGUAUUAGGUUUCUUUGGUGGUUUGGUUCCUAGAUUAUUGGGUGACAUCCUGUCUCUGUUGUUGGCUAGUAGUUUAACCUAUGCUAUAAACCACUACAUCAUUGAGGAAAAAGAGCUGAAGGUUUAUACCUCUGCAACAAUGACUUUCUUGGCCACUGCAAUCACAUAUCCAUUCCAAGUAGUCUCCAAUUGUAUGUCAGUCACAAAUUCUGGAUUGAUGGCUGGUUCUCCGAAAUUCAUGCCUCAUUAUGGUACCUGGGUAGACUGUUGGUCUGAUUUGUCCAGCCGCAACCAGUUGAAACGUGGAUCAAGCCUUCUCAUACGUUAUUAUGUGGGUCCUUCCAUUGUGAUUGGUGGCAAAGCUUUGCCUUUUCCCAAAAGUCAGAGCCUGACGUCUUGAAGAUUUUGUUGAUUUGUAGUCCUUAUUUGUGCAUACUUUUGCAUGUAUAUAUUUUAAUAUAUCUACGGAGCACAUAUUAUUUUGUUAUUCUUUCAAUAAAUUAUUGUUACCAUCUUAUCAA